AUGGCGGACGCCGUCAUGACCGACGCGCCGCCACUAGCGGUCUCACUCCGCCCAAAAUACAAACUCUCAGAACUCCCUCUUGUCAAGGAGCAACGCUCUGCCAUUGACACCCUCCUUCUCAAGUUUAAGAAGCAAGGCGGCUAUGACUCGAUGCGCAAGCAGGUCUGGGCCAGCUACAAUACCUCCGAAGCCAAGACCGCACUCACCGAGCAAAUCCACCGCGUCGCCGAUGCCGAGAUCGAUCGCAACCCCGACCUACUGUCGCGAGAUCGCGGGAAGGCAGCGACAUUGAUGCAGGGCUCGCUCGAUCGUUCCGGCAUCUACAAUGAUGUUGAGGCGCGCAUUGAUCGAGAGAUUGCGAAGCAUAUCGAUAUGGUCCUGACGUCUGUGCGAGACAUACGCAAAGCCGAUGUGGGUGUAGAGCAAGCACUCGAGGAGGAGAUGCGUGGAGGAAAGACGGACGAUGAUUACAUGCAGGAGACACAAGCUCGCGUCGAAGAGCGAACGAAUAACAGAGCUAAGCUGGAGGAGAUCUCACUGCAGAUGGCUGAGAUUAAGGCCAAGAUUCGGGCUGCUGAGGAGAAGAAACGUGCUGCAGAGGAGGCUAAGCGUGCAGAGGAGGAGAGAAUUCAACGCGAGAAAGCCGACGAAGAACGACGUGAGCGACGUCGAAAGGAGCAGGAAGAAGACGAUCGCCGAGAAGCAGAGCGCAUCAAGGCCAGAGACGAACGAGCUCGACUACGCGAGAAGGAGCGCAAGGAGCGUGAGGCCGAAUAUGAGCGUGAGCGCGAAGAGCGAGCACGUCGAAGAGAUCGGGAGAGAGACCGUGAUGUUCGGCCUCGGGACAGUGAUCGCAGAGAUCGCGAUCGCGACAGUCGGAGAGGAUCAGUGGUCGAGAAGAAGGACGUUAAUGACGAGAAAGAUCUCGAAGCCACUGCCCUGGAGCUGCUCAUCAGCGAAGGCAAGCAACUAGCCGAGUCAUCAAGAUCCACAACCCGACGAGCCGAUUACGACAAUCGCGACUACCGACGACGAGAUCGAUCACGAGACUCGACCGUCAGACGCCGGGAUUCUGUCCGUGACAGAGACAGCAGACGAAGCCGCUCAAGGACGCGCCGCGUCACACCACCCAUCGUCGAGAAGCCCAAAGCCAAGAAAGAAGCCGAUGACGACUCAGACAGAGAAGAAGGCGAAGCGCGCUCUAAGAAAGCCAGCGAAAGCCCUGCACCAACAAGUCGUGAUCAAAGCAAAGCACGGACACAAGCUCGUGAUCGCGAGCGACGGCCUCGAUCAGCCAGUCCUGCUGGUAUCGACCGAUACGUGCCAGGCGGAGGCUCGCACCGAACUGCUGAGGAACGGGAGCGCGAUGAUGCCCAUCGAAAAGUUCGUGGCGAUGACAAGCCGAAGGAUCGACAGCAGCGGUCUACGUUUGGGCGGUAUGACAAGUGGGAGCGUAAUGACAAAUAUGAUCGAUAUGAUGGUCGCGAUGGUGGGCGUGAUGCAGAUCGCAGAGACUCGCGACGCGGCGAGCGCAGUCGCAGUCCACAACCGAGGAAGAGAGACGAGCGUCGAGAUAGCAGGGAUGACCGAGAUCGCCGUGAUGGAGGUCGGGACGAUAGAAGCCGUCGAGACGACCGCUCAAACCGGGACCGAGGAGGCAGAGACGACGACAGAAGUGCUCGCGACCGAGGCAGCAGGAACGACGACCGUCGUGACCGCGACCGCUCUCGCAAUCGGGACGAUCGUCGAGAUGACCGUCGGGACCGCGAUAGACGAGAUCGAGACACAGACAGGAGCGAUCGCAGAACGGAUAGCAGGACGCAAGAUCGAGACGAUCGUCCGCGGGACAGAGAGCGGGAUAGGGACAGAGACAGGGACAAUGAUCGAUACAGAUCUUCUCGUGGUGGUGGGCGAGACUAG